GGAGAAGGAGGGUUGGGAGCCCUCGCAAGCCAAUAACAGCAAAAGAAGCCGCCUCGGGCUCUUAGCUCCACCCUCGAGCCGGAAAGGCAGGUUCCGAAGGUGCAGCACCUGGUGGAGUCUGGGUGACGGUGGCCCGCAAUUCCCGCGCGGUCGUCCAGAAUUCUAAGGCUUUCUGCAGAGAUUUGAAAAAUGGCAACAAAUGAAAGUAUCAGCAUCUUUAGUUCGGCAUCCUUGGCUGUGGAGUAUGUAGAUUCACUGUUACCUGAGAACCCUCUACAAGAACCAUUUAAAAAUGCUUGGAACUAUAUGUUGAAUAAUUACACGAAAUUCCAGAUUGCAACAUGGGGAUCUUUGAUAGUUCAUGAGGCGCUUUAUUUCUUGUUCUGUUUACCUGGAUUUCUGUUUCAAUUUAUACCUUACAUGAAAAAGUACAAAAUUCAGAAGGAUAAACCAGAAACAUGGGAAAACCAGUGGAAAUGUUUUAAAGUACUUCUCUUUAAUCACUUUUGUAUCCAGCUUCCUUUGAUAUGUGGAACUUAUUAUUUUACAGAGUAUUUUAAUAUUCCUUAUGAUUGGGAAAGAAUGCCAAGAUGGUGUCUGCUGUUGGUAAAAUGCUUAGGCUGCGCAGUGAUUGAAGAUACCUGGCACUAUUUUCUGCAUAGGCUCUUACAUCAUAAAAGAAUAUAUAAAUAUAUUCAUAAAGUUCAUCAUGAGUUUCAGGCUCCAUUUGGAAUGGAAGCUGAAUAUGCACAUCCCUUGGAAACUCUGAUUCUCGGAACUGGAUUUUUUAUUGGAAUCAUGCUUUUAUGUGAUCAUGUCAUUUUCCUUUGGGCAUGGGUGACCAUUCGUUUGAUGGAAACUAUUGACGUCCAUAGUGGUUAUGACAUUCCUCUCAACCCUUUAAAUCUGAUCCCUUUCUAUGCUGGUUCUCGGCAUCAUGAUUUCCACCAUAUGAACUUCAUUGGAAAUUAUGCUUCAACAUUUACAUGGUGGGAUAGAAUUUUUGGAACAGACUCUCAAUUUAUUGCCUAUAAUGAAAAGAUGAAGAAGGUUGGAAAAAAGACCGAGUAAAUAAAUAUCUCAUCUAAACCUUUCUGAAGAUACACUUUCCUGAAUUGAAGCAAGUAGCUAACAUUGCUUCUGCGGAGCAGAAAUAAACGUGUCUUGGCUGCCAGGUGAUACAAGGAACAUUAACAACCUUUAGUUAUCUUCCUAGUGGGAACUUUUUCUACUCUAUAUAAAAGUUCUGUAUGUGUGGAAAUAAGUAAAUAGGUACUGAAGGACGAUUGUCACAAGGAAGUUUCAAAGGCCACGUUGCUAACCUUACGGAAAGGUGCGAAGUAAUGGAAGAAGUAUUAAUCUAUGUCUUUCCCCCAAUAACACCAUAGUCUUGAAGUGAAAAUUGGUCUAUAAAAUCUUUUAAAUCUAUGGGGGCCGUUUCAAAAACUCUUAGCAGGGUGUUGGCCUCAUAUUGAACUUCACACAUUUUUUAGAAUUUGCCUAAACAUCAAAGUAUCAUGGGUUGGACCACAUCAGUUGACAGUGUCAGUGAGGCCGCCAAAUCAGGAAGAGCCCGCACCAAGAACCUCCACUCUUGUCCUAAGCUGACCGGUUUGGGGUGAUUCUCUUUCUUUGAGAAGUCCUUUUGGAUUGCAAAAUACUACUGGUGUCCAUAAAUGAAGGCAUUUCUGAAUCGUCAUAAGUGGAAUAUUUUAGUCUAAGGGUUUUUGGGUUACUUGAAUUUUUAAAAAAAAUUGAGCUUUAUUUCUGCUGUUUACCCUUUCAUUUUUGUAGAUCAAGUUUUCAUUAUACUUAAAACUGUAUCUUGAAACAUUGUGGACUGACUUGCUGUAUUUGCACUUUGAACUGUUGAAAUAAAUGUGAUUUUUUUUGUCUGA